AUGUACGAACAAAUUUUGUACCAAGAACCCACAAACGAAAUGUAUUCUCUUGUCGUUAAAGUGCUUAAUAAAGAGGUUGAGAUUGAGGAAGAGGUUGAAAUGCAGGUGUUGAGGGAGGAUA